AUGGACGCAGACUACCAGGACCUGUCAGCCCUGCUACGGUCCUAUGCAGCACUAGCACCAACCAACCCACGAGAGAUAGACUCACCGCCAUUCCCAACACGAACGUGGCUCGCCAGAACUGCAAACCAACUCAAACUGUACAAGCUACUGGUCACCGAAGAAGAACUCACUACGAACGCAGGAAGGCCCUGGAAACUGCUCUUCUGGAAGCGGGUCAUCCUUGAAAUCGAACGCGGAUUGGCGGCCGCUGAUCAGAAAACACAAGAGGAAGAAGAAAUCGAAGAGAAGAUCUUAACCUAUUACAUCUCACUCCAACAACAACCCGCAUUCCCAGAUAUAAGCCAGACAGAGAUCCAUACCUACUACUACGGCGAUCCGGGCGAUCGAAAGAGCUGGUCUAGAAUCGACUUACACGAAAACAAGGCGUCUAUCAGUCAAGGGACCACCGGCCUACGGAGCUGGGGAGCAAGUGUAUGUCUGGCCAACUACUUGAUCCUGAACCGACAUCUCCUCGAGGAGCAAGACAGCGUGCUCGAGCUGGGCAGCGGCACCGGCCUGCUCGGCAUCCUGGCGCACCAACUCGUCCCCACAAACCGGCUCUAUCUUACGGACUCAAAUCCCUCCGUCCUCGACCGUCUCCAGCUCAACAUCGACUUAAACUUCAAACGCUCGUCCCAGCGGAAUCUUGAUAGCGCUAAUAUCAAGGUGGUCGAGCUCGAUUGGAACCUGGCAUGCAGCAGCUCUGUCCUCCCAUCGCCGGUCAACCUGAGCCCCUCAACAUUGAUUCUUGGCGCCGAUGUGAUCUAUGACCCCGACCUCAUCCCGAGCUUGGUCCGCACAAUCAAACUCUGUCUCACCCAGCAUCCGGAGCCGAAGACCUCGCCACUAGAUCUUCCCGUAAACGAGCCACUCCCAUGCCGGCGCUCGCAUGCGUUGAUCUGUGGGCUGGUCCGCGCGCCGUCGACGUGGGAAAAAUUCCUGGAAACCUGUGGUAGCGAAGGGUUGGUUAUUGAAGCAGUACAGAUUGGGGAGUCGGUCGAGCUCGGAAGAGCCGACCGGCGGGGGAUCGUCUUUCCCCAAGCACUCGAUCGGGCGCUGCUCGACCUCCGCAUGGUCCGCUUAACCCUCCCACUUCCUUCUCCAACCGUGCCCGCCUCUGUCCAUCCUUGCAGCUAG